GGGCGCUGCGGCGGAAGGGGCGGGGCGGGCCGGCAUGGCGGGCGCGGCGCUGUCGGCGGUGCCGGCGGUGCAGAUCGACGACCAUGGCGUGUUCAAGUACGUGCUGCUGCGGGUGCGCGGCGGAGCGGCACACCGGGACAUCGUGCGCGGCCACGGCUGGGCCGAGUACCACGCCGACCUGUUCGAGCGCACCGCGGAGGAGCUGGCGCGGCACGGCCUGAGCUGCGAGUGCUUGGGCGGCGGCCGCCUCGCCCACCGCCCCGAGGAGAGGAAGAUCCACGUCUACGGGUACUCGGUGGGCUUUGGGCGAGCUGACCAUGCCGUGACCACGGAGAAGCUGAAGGCCGAGUACCCCGACUACGAGAUCACCUGGGCAGAUGAAGGGUACUGACUGCUCUGGCUGCCUGGGGGGUCCCCAGGCGGUGCCAGCAGGCUCCCUGUGCCUGGCAGUGCUCUGGGCUCUCCUGCUUUUCCUCUGUGAGAACUCACCUGUUCCCCACCGUCACUGGACUGUCUAUGUGCCAGGUGCUCCUGCCAUCUCGGCGUGGCACAGCUGGUGAAGCCAGUGGUCGCUCUGUCCUGGCCUCCCGGUGCCGGGGGCUCAUCCCACGCGUAUCUGUGAGAAUUAAACUCGUUGGGGAGCGCAGCUGCUCGGGUGGCCACACUCAUGGCUUGGCUUCUCCUUUCCCAGCUCUGGGUUGCGCCCACUGACAACAGGAGAGAUCCCUCUUGAGGGAGGUCUGACCCUGGAGUGGGCAGGGUCUGGAGUAGGGACAACAGGAGGUACAUUGGGAUUUGCCCUGGGAAGGGCUGAGACAGGAGAGAGGAAGGUGGUGGGUUCUCAGGCCUGGGGGAGGAAAAGGCAGGGUGAGACCUAUGCCCAGUGUCCUGCCCCAACCUCCAAAGGAAGCUCACAAUGAGGGAUGAUGAGCUUCAUGGGUAAAAAAGGGGUUUUCCUGUGCCUCGUCCUUCCUUCCUGCAAGGUGUGACCCUCCCCUGUGCCAGGAGGGAAUGUCACCCAGCAGUCACACUGAGGAGCACAGCUUCCCUGCAAGUCAUUGGAUCGUGGAGCUUGGAGGCACAUCUGGGAUGUCCUGUCCAUCCACCAGCCCAGCAGGACCAGCUCCAGCAGGUCCAUUGUGGUGACAUUGUUGGAGUGUCCUGCACAGGGUCAGGAGUUGGACUCAGUGGUCCUUGUGGAUGCCUUCCAGCACGGGAUUCCAUAGUUCCAUGAUUGUAUUCUGUGAUUAGGUUGCUGGGAGCUGUGGCCAGAUGGGAUUUGGGAAUGUCCCUGAACCCAGACUCCCUGGCAGCCUGCUCUGGUUUGGAAAACCCUCACAUGAAAAAAGGUUUCUCUUAACCUUAAA